AUAACAUUUCCCAUUAUGUUUAGGCAUGGUUUGGAGUUCGGCUGAAACCCAAAUUCCGUUGCCAUUUCUGAAGGACCCACUGAUUAAUAUCGAAGCCUCGCCUUUCCAUGGAGGAAUAGAUCAACUCAACGGCCAACACUAUCACACAUCACCACCUACGGGGCAUGUUAGAGGAUAAAUAGCCCUAGCUCAUCACAAUCACACAUAUGCGAGGUGUCCUAAUCCUGUGAACCCACCACCAUAGUCCACAAGCCCCUGACCCCCAACCCUCAAAAACCACAACUCCCAUUACGUGCAGCCCAGGAACACCCCCUUCUCUCUUUCCUUGCCUUGUCCCAACAACACCACUAAUUAGAUAACAUGGCUCACAGCACCCUAGCAGCACCAGAACCUAAUGCAUCAUCCAAUUCCCUAGAUCCCAUCCUAAAAAAGUUGCAGAAUCCUAUAACCACCACCACCAAAACCAGUCAUCCAAUAACCCCAGACUCAGAUCCAUUAAUACCUUCCACGAAGCCCUUUUUCAUGACCGAUUACUUCUCCAAAUUGAACCUUAAUUACAAAACCCCUACACCCCAAAAGCCUAUCAGCAACCAACAUAACCAGCCUCCACCUAGUGGAGACAUUCAUUUACAAGCCAAGGCCAUGACAGUGUCAGCUGAUGCUGAUUCCUCUAGGUUUUCACUUAUCAAAGCAAACUACCUGCCUCAUAAAACGGCUAAAGAAUCAUUAAACGAGAACGUGAGGAAAACAUCAAAGGAUUUGGAUAAAAAGAAAGAACAACAUCAUCAAAUAUCAGUGCUAAUUUCGACGACGAAGGAGAAACAGGUGAAGAAUCUGCAUGAAGGGCAUCAUGAUAUGAAGAAGGCUUCAGCUUCAUUAGGUAGAAAGACAUCCUUUUGUGGUUCACUAGGAGAGCUGGCUGAUACUCUCGCAAAUUGUGGCGUCAAAAUUGUUUCAGUUGAUAUGCCACCGUUUAUGCAGAUCCAUGCGGUUGAUUGUGCAAGAAAGACUCAUGAUAGCCUUGAAAAUUUCACUUGUAGAACCCUUGCCCUCACUCUCAAGAAGGUACGUAAUACUGAUAAUUAGUGAAAAUAAGUACAUCCAAAUUCAAGUA